AUGCUUCCGACACUUCGCCUCACACCAGUCGCAGCCAAACGCUCGCUGGUUGCUUCCACCCAUUCCAAGGCCGCCGGGCCAUCGAAUCCGUUCCCAUUUCCCAAGGCUACGCGUCCGACGCCGUAUCAGAUAUUCCAUCUCCCUCGAAAUGCAUCCCAAGACGAUAUAAAGGAACGAUAUUAUGAACUCGUUCGAAUAUAUCACCCUGAUACCGCAAUUGCGAGAUAUUCAGUGCCGCCGGACCUUGCACAUAGUCGCUUUCAGAGCAUCACAACCGCAUAUGAAGCCCUUCGUGGAAAGACAGUAGCGCCAGAGUCUCGCGUCGACGACGGUCGGUGGCCCACGGCAUCAGCGUGGAGAGCACGCCAGACGAAGAGACGUGAUAUACACUCCGAGGGCGAUGACAGGUGGAAGGAUUGGAUUAUAUUCGGGGGUGUUUCUGUGACAGUUGCAGCGUUCGUUUUCCAAAUGUCAUUAAUCCGCAGGGAAGCUGUGCGCGACAUGAACAAGGAGCGGUCACGUCGGAGUCGCUCUCAAGCAGAAGCGGUAGAAGAGGAGAAACUGGCAGAGGAAUAG